AUGCCUUCAAAUCACACAGUUCAAGCCAUCGCCGAUUACGUUCAGAACAGCAUAACAGAGCGCAGCUUGCCUGACUACCAAGCAGUGACCCAUUUUUCAAAAGAACCAGCUGGCUGGGCGCAGACUCGUCUGUACAGAUCACGACGCUCUCAAGAAAGCUUGGGGAUGGAGCCGCUAAUGGAGGACCCUGAACUGUUUGUUCCGGCCGCAGGCCGCGAUGAUGCCGCAACACUGCCGGAUUUCCCCUCCUCGGAGACUUCAGAGGUUGAGCAUGUCUCCCACGAGUCCUCAGGAGUCGAUCACCCAGGGUCUUUGACCAUCGGCAGGCGGCCGCCGGCAACUUCUGGAAAGACGACAGCUGGCUCGAGAUGCAUCGCCUCGAAUUCCAGCAGUGCCGGUCGCACAACAAUGAAUCCCACGAAUGAAUCCCACGGAACAACGCAACUCAAGGCUGCUUCAUAUGUGCCAUAUGCGCGAUUCCACCAACGCGAUGUCCAAGUUCUCACUCUGAACAGCAGACCCACCAAGCCUCAACCGUCAAGCCCGACCCAUAGCACCGGCCUCGCACAAAUCCAGAGCGGCGAGUUGAACAGCGUGCUUAUGAGUGGCUACCAGGCUCAAAGGAGGCGUAGGAUCCCCAACGCUCUCCAGCCUGGCAGACAGGGCACGCCAUCGACCGAGAGCUUCAGUGACAAGAUCCCCCAUGGUCCACAGCGCACCGACGGGCCCCUUGGCCAUGACCUGAUCCCGGCACCUCUCCGCAUCACGCGGGCCAAGCUCGAAGGCACAAUCAAGCCUACCAUCGACACAAACCCGCAGUCUGCGCUAAGCGGCUCCUGGACCGAGGCCUCCUCCACCAGAAGCUCCUCUCCGACAGACUCGCCCACCAGCCCAACAGCGCCGUCUCCGUCUGACGACAAGUUCCCAACCGUCCCAUCACUCAAACACUCCGACACCAUCUCCACGACGACCACGACGACAACAACGACCACCACCACAACCACAACAACCACCCGGACCCGUCCCCACUCCGACCCAGCCCCAGCCCCAGCCCCAUCCCCAUCCCCAUCCCCAGUCCUCCCCCCCUCCCCCGCCCUCCCCCUCGGACCCCUCCCCCCAACCCUCACCCGCAAACCCUCCCACACCCGCCUCCGCGGCCCUUCUUCCGGCCACACCCGCUCUCGCACCUGCCCCUCGCCCGCCUCGCUCGCCGCGCGCCUGCGCGCCCCUCUCCCGCCGACGCCGUACGACAUGGCCAUCGGAGUAGGGCUGCGCGGGAAAGAAGAUCACCGCAUCAGCAGCAGUAGCACUAGCAACAACGGCAACGGCAACGACAACGACAACAACAACAACCGCGACUCGAACGGCAGCGCCAUCACGAUCCCGCGGCGGCCGCUGGGCGACAGCGCGUUCAGGCCGGCGGCGGGGGGCGUGAGCGGGAGCGGGGCAUGGGGGCCGGAUGAUGUCGGGAGUGGGUGGGGUGCGCGGGCGCCGGCGCCGGGGAGGAGGACGUGGGCGGGGGUUGUUGGUGUUGGUGGGGGUGAGGAGGAGGAGGUUGAAGUGGAGGUCAGGACUCCGGGGCAGUGGUUGGAGGGGUUUACGCCCGAGACGUUCGAGGAGAUGGGGGUGGUGGUGGGACGGAGGAGGACGAAGGUGGUGCAUAGGGUUGCGAGGAGGUUCGGGAGGGUGGUGAUGAGGAAGGCGGAUGACAACAUUAGCAAUUAG